GCGUUGCGCGUCCGAGACCGGAAGUCGGCGGGUUCCCGGGUGCGUGUCCGUGUGUGUGUGUGUGUGUCUGUGUCUCGCGGCGGCGCGCGCGGCCUCGGCCCCCGGCCGAGCUCUCGGGGUUCUCGUCCUGAGGGGCGUCGCCUGCUGUCACUGUCACCACCCCGCGGAGCCCCUGCGGAGGGGAGCAGGCCCGGCCCUGUCGCCGGGCGGAGAAGAUGCUGCCCCUGUCCAUCAAGGAUGACGAGUACAAACCACCCAAGUUCAAUCUGUUCGGCAAGAUCUCGGGCUGGUUUAGGUCCAUCCUGUCGGACAAGACGUCUCGGAACCUGUUUUUCUUCCUGUGCCUCAACCUCUCCUUCGCUUUCGUGGAACUGCUCUACGGCAUCUGGAGCAACUGCUUAGGCCUGAUCUCCGACUCUUUCCACAUGUUUUUCGAUAGCACUGCCAUUUUGGCUGGAUUAGCAGCUUCUGUCAUUUCAAAAUGGAGAGACAAUGAUGCUUUCUCCUAUGGGUAUGUGAGAGCGGAAGUCUUGGCUGGCUUUGUCAAUGGCCUAUUUCUGAUCUUCACUGCUUUUUUCAUUUUCUCAGAAGGAGUUGAGAGAGCCUUAGCUCCUCCAGAUGUUCACCACGAGAGACUGCUGCUUGUUUCAAUUCUUGGGUUCGUGGUAAAUCUCAUAGGAAUAUUUGUUUUUAAGCAUGGAGGUCACGGACAUUCUCAUGGCUCAGGCCAUGGGCACAGUCAUUCCCUCUUUAACGGUGCUCUCGACACGGCCCAAGGCCAUGGAGAUCAUUGCCAUAGUCAUGAGAUGAAGCACGGUGCUGCACACAGCCAUGACCAUACUCAUGGCCACGGUCACUUCCAUUCUCACGAUGGUCCUUCUGUUAAAGAAACAACAGGACCCAGUAGACAGAUUUUACAAGGUGUAUUUUUACACAUCUUGGCAGAUACACUUGGGAGUAUUGGUGUCAUUGCUUCUGCUAUCAUGAUGCAGAAUUUUGGUUUGAUGAUAGCAGAUCCUAUCUGUUCAAUCCUCAUAGCCAUACUUAUUGUUGUAAGUGUUAUUCCUCUUUUAAGAGAAUCUGUUGGAAUAUUAAUGCAGAGAACUCCUCCCCUGUUGGAAAAUUCUCUGCCUCAGUGCUAUCAGAGGGUGCAGCAGUUACAAGGAGUUUACAGUUUACAAGAGCAACACUUCUGGACUUUAUGUUCUGAUGUCUAUGUUGGGACCUUGAAGUUACUCGUAGCACCUGAUGCUGAUGCCAGGUGGAUUUUAAGCCAAACACAUAAUAUUUUCACUCAGGCUGGAGUGAGGCAGCUUUAUGUACAGAUUGACUUUGCGGCCAUGUAGCGAAUGAAGAAAAAUUACUUUCUGGACCAAAUUUUUCUGGUACUGUACAAUCCAAAACAUUGUACCCAGCUCUUUAGAGAAAUCAUGGCCACAACUCCAGCUCCUGGCAGACCAGGUAGCCAGCCACGUGUGCCCUGCAGGGAGCACGGCAGAGGUCGCUGCUGAGACAGGGUCGCUGCAUGGGUCUUGCUUUGUGCUCUCCCCACCAAGCCAUUCUGAUUGCUGAGGUUUCUGGUUUUGUUCUAGGGUGUUGGUUUGUCCUAUAUAUACUUCUUUUCUUCUUUAUUUGGCAAUGGCGGUGGAGGUUCACAUUAGAUGCCUUCACUCUGUCCCCUCACCCCACCCAGCCAGUGAGAAAUUCAGAUUGUGAGCCUGCAGCCAUCUGAAAUAUCUUCACAGAAGCUGCUGGAAACCACUGCUUUUAUCCUCUCAAAACCAGUGUUACUUUAAAAAAAGAAAAAGAAAAAGAAAAGCUGUUUUAUACGUAAUGUCACAGUUGUUGACGAUCUUCAGUAUAAUCAUAUGUUUGUAAAACUGUUUGUACCUUGCAAACUUAUAAACCAAACCAUAUUGGGUUUUCAAAGUGCCUUUGUAUUAGCAAAUGUAUUUGCCAACAUAGAAGUGUACCAUCAAGUUCAUGUGUAUUCUGUAAUCUGUAUAAAAUAAGACUCUUGCAAGUAAAGUAUACAGAGUGUUGUGUACUUCCAGCCUAAGAUAGAUAUUGAAGUUUCUUUUUAUUGUUUUAUCUCAUCAAAAAAGUGUUCGAUUUUUAAAAAAUCAAUAAUCAUAUUAAAUUACUUUGUGAACUGGACUGUGUUUUCAGACCUUUACAGAUGGCUCUAUUACAGAGAAAAUUGUUUUGACCUGCAACAUCUACUCGAUUCCAAAUUUCUAUAAAGGCUUGGUAAUAACUUCCAACAGCUCUCCUUGCUAUUUUUAUGGACUGUUAAUGGCUGGGAAAGGCAGUGUGGACUGAAGCAGUGACAGAGGCGGCAGCCGUGUUCUGAGUUCCUGUUCUUUAUUCAGAUGCCAAGAGGCACGGGGUGCAAGCUCUCAGUGCUGCUGUUCUCAGGAGCCGACGGCAGCAUCUGACUGCAUUUGCACAGGUAGAGGUAUGAAGCAAAUGUGGUGAUCUAACACAGGUAUCUUAGGGGGGAAAAAAUUAAGUUGCUUUUCUAGGUUCUUCUCUGUUUGAAAAGUAAAACAUCAAUUUGAGAUGACAAGUGUUUACACACUCAAAUAUUCUGUUUUAUGAAGCAAUACUGGACAUUCUCCUGUUAUACUAAAUUUUAUCAUAAUAUACAUUCCCUUUAUCUAAAAAUGUUGAUAUUGGUGAGGGUGAUAUUGCAGGGUGAAAUGGAAAAUGAUUGCUCACUGCUAAGAAUGUAGAUCAAUAAUAAGCACUUUUUUAGCAUGGUGGUAGAAAUUAUUAUUGAAUUUCUUCUAGGUUUUAGAGCCUCUCUCUCUCUACUUGUAGCCUACUUUGUGGCUUGUUCUAUAUUUUGAUAAAUACUCCACUUCCUUCAUGCUUUUCUAAACUGCAAAUGGAGUGGAAUUUCCUACCAUGUUUGCUCCCUGCCAGGCAGUUCUAAAGCUAAGAAUUCCUGUCAUCGGUGGUUUAAUUGAAACAACAGUUAAGGUUUUUAGGAGGGAAAGUAUAAAGCAAAUGCCCAGAUACCAGUCUUUCUAUUUUCAUUACAAAGUAAGACCUUGGAGAUCUUCUGUGGGUUUUGGUAUAUUAGAGGAAAUAACAGCUCUGGAUGUAGGCAGCGAUUUUGGAUGUGUGCCUACACAAACUAAUUAUGUGAAACUGUUCUGACAUUUCACAUAUGGAGAUAGUUGCACUAGUUUACAAAAUUUGCCCUUGGGUUUUGAAAAUCCAAAUGUGCUUUUCACUGACCCCCCCUUCUUGUACCAUUUUAUCUAACUGUAUCCGUAGAGUACAAAUCCAUGGAUGACUUUUCCCUUUGGUAAGGCACAGAGUAUGCAGAGCGAGCUUGGUGGUACACACAGGAGAUUGCCAGCUAGAACACUGGCAGGGUGGCAUUAGCAUUUGUGGUUUAAUUAGAUGUCUGUACACCCAUGUACACACCAGG